UAUUUCGACGCAGUUCCCAUCGGCCGGCGCGGCGAUUCGCGCACAGCGUUACUGACCCUCUUUCCUCCCAGGAAAGGUGGUCUUUCCUUUUCUCUCUGCCUUCUGGGAUUCGCUCGCGCGUCAUUCGCGACGAGUCGAGGGAGCGAUAAAGACCGGUGAAUCAACACACUCGGUUCUACAGUCAUCGCGGCGCUCGUGCCUGUUUUUGAUGAUAAUAUUCGCAAAUCUCGGUGUGGGUGAAUCGAAGUUUCGGUGAUGAGAGACACACAGUUCUGUAACACGUGAAAAUUGUUUCGAGAAUAAGGGUGUGCGCGACUCUGAGGAUUGGUGCGCGACCGAGAUCUCUGCGAGAUCGUUGAGGUAAUAUAUUCUGAUAUCCAUUGUGCUGUAAUCCAGCUGGAUGCAAUGGCGUCGUCCGCGACCAUGAAAGAAAACAUUAAAUCUCCGCCGGUGAUAUGCAAACAAGAAAUGUAUGAGCACUGGAAAAAGAACGCCCCGAAGAUCAUGUUUGGUGAACAUCAACUUUCCAUCGAAGUAAAUGAAACCGGCGACUUCUUUCUCCAGAAGGCUAAGGAGGAAUUGCGGGAGACGCCGGAAGUUGUCGCCGAAAGUAUCAAGGAACUGAAAGACUUGCUUGCAGGAGAACCUGAUCUGCACUUACCGGACAUGGAAGACUUCUAUGUAACAUUCUUGCGCCCAUGCAAAUGGUAUGCGAAAAGCGCUUUCUCGCUAAUAAAACGGUAUUAUCGAUUCCGCCAAAACUACCCACACAUAUAUAAAGAUUUGUUGCUCACCAAAGAGAAGACUGCACUUUGCGCUGGUUUGAUAUAUCCAUUGCCGCUUCGUACCAAAGAGGGAUGCAGAGUGUUGGUAGUCGAGGCCGGAAAACGGUGGAAACCGAAAGAGGUGUCGCUCAAUGAUUUCUUUAAAGGCCUGAUAUUCAUUUGUUUUCUGGCGAUGGUGGAAUAUAGAACUCAGAUCGCGGGUACGCAUAUCAUUUUAGACGUCGAAGGUUUAUCUCUUUCCCAUCUGACGUAUCUCACACCGACCUUUGCCAAGAUGCUGGUAGAUUUUAUACAGAAGUGUUUGCCCACUCGUCUCAAGGGUAUCCACAUUGUGAAUCAGAGUUUUAUCUUCAACAUGGGAUAUGCGAUUUUCAAACCAUUUCUGGAUGAGAAGAUUCGUAAACGGCUUCACUUUCACGGAACAAACUGGGACUCCUUAAAAUCUUUCAUAGAUAAAAGAUCACUGCUUAGAAGGCAUGGGGGCGAGAUAAAAAUGCCCGAAGGAGAAUACGGGGUGAUGCUGUGGCAGAAUAUGCUUUCAUGCGAACCCGCUUUCGAAGCUGAUCAACAUUAUGGAUACAUAACUAAUAAAGAUAUAUGAUCGCUGCAGCUAUUGUCCGGUCAAUACAUCAUCAUUAUCGAUUAUUACGGUUGUUCAACCAUACGCAUGAAGCUAAUAGUAAUAAAUAAAUAAAGUGCUCAAAUUGUUGGCGUCCGGUACCUGACGAGAUGCAACUCGCGGCUGUUACGUUGGCCUGAAAUUCGCAAUUGUGUGAAGAGGGAACCAAAUUGUGAUCCAUUUAGAAGCAGCUUUUGUAUUUAAAGGUGCAAAUAAUAUAUUGACGGCAUCGAUGAAAAGUGUUGCAGAACUGUAACACACACUUAGGGGAAGAAUUAUUUACAGAAUCUUUUUUUCCCGAAAAUUUCCAAUUAUACAAUAUUAAGUAGUAUUCAAUAAAUAGAGAAUUAUGUGGAUUAAAGUUAAGAUACUGUUGAUAAUAAUAUAAAAACGUAAAAAAUGAGAGAGAGAUAGAUAGAUAGAUACAGAGAGAUUAUAAUUAAAAAUAUCCAAACCUAUACUGCAAU